ACAGAGCACAGUGGGCAGUGAGUGAGCAGAGCCAGUGCUGGGUGCAGGAGGACUGAGAGCAGCUGACAUACAGUCACCAUGGCAGCUCGCGAGAAUGUCAGUUUGCUUUUCAAGCUCUAUUGUUUGCUGGUAAUGACUUUGGUGGCUGCUGCGUAUACUGUGGCAUUGCGAUAUACAAGGACGGUGAAAACAGCUAUGUACUUUUCUACAACAGCUGUUUGCGUGACUGAAGUUAUAAAGUUACUACUGAGUUUACUUAUCUUGGCAAAAGAAACUGGAAGUCCUACUAGAUUGUUCACCACUUUAAAGGAGAAUGUGAUAGGAAGUCCAGUGGAGAUGCUUAAGCUGUCUGUGCCAUCUCUGGUGUAUGCCCUGCAGAACAACAUGGCAUUUGUGGCACUGAGCAAUCUUGAUGCAGCUGUUUAUCAGGUGACAUACCAGCUAAAAAUCCCAUGUACUGCCUUAUGUACUGUACUGAUGCUAAACCGCUCGCUCAGCAAGCUUCAGUGGUUCUCCGUCUUCAUAUUGUGUGGAGGGGUGACACUUGUGCAGUAUAGCCCAGUCGAGACCACAAGAGUUCAGAUUGAACAAAAUCAUUUGGUGGGAUUUGGUGCUGUGGCUGUGGCUGUGCUGUGCUCUGGAUUUGCUGGUGUGUAUUUUGAGAAGGUCUUGAAGAGUUCGGACACUUCCCUGUGGGUGCGGAACAUCCAGAUGUACAUCUCUGGCAUCAUAGUAACAUUUGCUGGAGUCUUUCUUUCUGACCGAGAAGGUGUUAUUGAAAAGGGAUUUUUCUAUGGCUACAAUUAUCUUGUCUGGUUUGUAAUUUUGCUGGCUAGCGUUGGCGGCCUCUACACAUCAGUUGUAGUGAAAUACACGGAUAAUAUCAUGAAGGGCUUCUCAGCAGCUGCAGCCAUCAUCAUCUCCACCAUUGCAUCCGUGCUGCUCUUUGGAUUACAGAUAACAUUAACAUUCUCUGUCGGAGCACUGCUUGUCUGCAUGUCCAUAUACACAUAUGGUUUACCCAGAAAAGACACAACCAAGAUUGAAAUAAAGGAACCUAGCACCAAUUUCAGUGAAAAACUAAUCAAUGUGUGAUAAGAAGUCUAUGGACGAAUGCCAAGGCAACCUAAAAAGAAAAAAUACAGUGUAAUAUAUGUUUAAUAUUCAUUUUUGUUCUAUUGCUUACAUCCACAAAUCCAAAUGUGACCACUGCAGUAUUGUCUGUAUUCCGAUUGGAAAGCAGUUACAAAUGAAUGCCAGAUAUACAGUACCAUUUUACGUGGAGGUCAUAUCUGUGGUUUUUCAUAUUUUAUAUGACGAUGUUAGCAUAUAUGUUCGUAUGGAUAUGCUCAUACCUAUCAAGUUGGAGAUGGAAUGAGCAGCAUGAAGGAUGUACAUCAGCAAACAAGUCGAGAACUGGUGCAAUGCCUAGGUAGUAGAAAUUAUGACAAGGCACAUAUGAUAGAACUGUUAGUCUACAAGGACUAUUAUAGACGCUGCACAGGGGACUGCUCCCCUGUCCAAAGAUUUUUAACUUUCCACGUCCUACUGUUCUCAUGUCCAGUGGCGCAACAGUAUCACCUUCAGAAGACCCACCAGUGAUUUCUUUUGCACUUUUUAGUUUUUUUUAGUUUUUUUUAUGAAACUGAUAAACCUGUUGGAAGAUAAUUUUUUUUUUAAAUAAAAAAAAAAAAAAGAUUUUAAUAAA